UGAAAAAUGCUUAAAUAGACUUCAUCAUUUCGACUUGUUAACUAUGAAUUCAGCAGUCUGCGUCUGAGACGUUGAGCCGUGCACCCCAGUUAUUCCUCAUGGCUCUGACCUCGAAUGUCAAGGAGGGUAAUCACAGCUGCUGUGUUUUUAGCGGAGACCUGCUGUCCAGCGUUCUGCCGCCGCUUCUCAUUGUGGAGUUUGCGCUGGGGGUCCUGGGCAAUGGGAUCGCGUUGUGGAUUUUCUGUUUCCACUUCAAGCCCUGGAAAACCAGCACAGUCUACCUGUUCAACCUGGCCCUAGCUGAUUUCCUCCUGAACGUUGUCCUUCCGUUCCGGACGGAUUACUACUUGAGGAACAAAGACUGGAUCUUCGGAGACGUGUUCUGCAGCAUCUCCCUAUUCAUGGUUGCCACGAACCGAGCUGGAAGCAUUCUGUUUCUAACUGCCGUUGCCGUGGAUCGAUACUUCAAAGUGGUCCAUCCCCACCACGCAGUAAACACCAUGGCCCUCACGAAGGCUGUGUACACUGCAUGCGUGUUGUGGGUCCUUGCCAUAUCAAUGACCGUGUACCUCCUGACCAAAUCCUAUGAGUUUCCUAACGGGAACUUGACACAGUGUAACAGCUUCACUAUAUGCCCGUCUUCUACGUCUGAUGGUACUUGGCACAACGCCCUGUUUGUGCUCGAGUUUUGUGUUCCUGUGAGCAUUGUACUGUACUGUUCUUUCGGUAUAGCCUGGAAACUCAAAGCGAAUCUGCUAGACAAACAAGCCAAGAUAAGGAAAGCUCUCAAGCUUGUGACAGCGGUGGUCGUAUUGUUUGUUGUCUGUUUUCUGCCCAGUAAUGUAACUAGAAUACUGAUCUGGCUCAAAAAGGGAAAACAUAUAAAUGACUGCGAUUCUUAUGAAGCGCUGGACAAGUGCUUCUACAUAACCCUCAGUCUGACUUACCUGAACAGCAUGCUGGAUCCACUAGUUUAUUACUUCUCCAGCCCGACAUUCAAAAAGUAUUACAUAGCUGUUGCGAGACCCGUGCUGCGCAAGAAAGAAGAUACACCAGCAGAGGGUACAUCAGACAGAGACACAACUCGCACCGCCAGUGCAGACCGCUUGUGAGUUUGCUGCAGCACAGCUUAGCUUAGUUUAAGCAUAGCAGAUCGCAAUUAUGAUUAUUGUUCAGCAUUAAGGGGAAUAUUCAUUUGGAAAAAAAGCUAUUUUGAUGUAUUGCUAUUUUUAUUUAUUACUGUAUUUAGCAAAUGCCUAAUAAACACAGUCGAACUUGAUUUAAUAGUUUGACCAGAGGUAACUACAAAGUGUUUAGUGCUUGGAAGACAGGAUCAGUGUUUAUCCAUCCAUCCAUUAUCAUUAAGCGCUUAAUCCGUUACAGCAGGGCUUCUCAAACUC